AUGCAAAGUAGCGAAAUAAAAUCAGCAUCACCAUACCAGCCGUUAACAGAAGGAGAAUCAGAUAAUCUUUCACAGCUCAGUUACUCACAGCUCGGCAGAGACCUUCAUAGGGGCAUAUUUUCCCAUUCAAUUGCUGAACAUCCAACUGGAGCGUUAUGGCUAAGAGGCCUCAUCCUCAUAAUCAUUAUUCUAUCCGGUGGUAUUGUAUACUAUUCCCAUAGCAAUGUUUCAGAAGACGGAGCAAUUGUUUGUUCAGUUCUGAUUUGUGUAUGCUUGUUAGUGAUGGGUGCGACCAUGUUGUUCAUGAUUCUAACCCCUACACAAGAAAUCCUACACAAUCCUGAUGAUGGCCUCUUUUUCUUGAAGCUAAUUGCGACAGGUUACUCAUGGGAACAAAUAGGUAGAAUUAUGAAUUCAUAUCUGUUCCAGAGAGGACUCUGGUGGUCAAACAGCUGCAUAUAUGACGGUCAACAGUGCUAUGUCCUCUUUAUAAACUAUACCAAAUGUUGUAAUGAUUCUAAUAUCCAGCCGUUUAUCGAGCAAACUCAAGCCAAGGUUGCUGAAAACAUGUCCCUAAAGUGGGAUAGAAUUCAAUUUCCAAAUGAAUUACAGUCUACAGAUGUUUAA